AUGAACGGCAAGUUCGCCGACGGGCCGUAUUCGGGCAUUCUGGAUAGCGUGCUUGAUGCUAUCGGGAAUACACCAAUGGUCAGAAUGAAGCGCCUCGCAAAAGUGUAUGGUCUCGAGUGCGACCUCCUUGCCAAAUGUGAGUUUAUGAGCGCCGGAGGAAGUGUGAAGGAUCGAAUUGGAAAGGCCAUGGUCGAGAAAGCGGAACGGGAGGGGCGUCUGAAAGCUGGCGACACCCUGAUUGAACCCACAAGCGGAAACACGGGAAUUGGGUUGGCGCUCGCCGCCGCCGUUCGUGGGUACCGCAUGAUUGUGACCAUGCCUGCGAAAAUGUCUGCGGAGAAAUCGAAUAUCAUGAAGUGUCUUGGUGCCGAGAUCGUUCGCACGCCAACGGAGGCUGCAUGGAAUGACGAGAACUCUCACAUGGGAGUGGCCGCAAAGCUACAGAGAGAGUUGGAGAACGCUCACAUUCUAGACCAGUAUAACAAUACAGCGAACCCGAUGGUUCACUACGACGUCACAGCAGAGGAGAUAAUCACCCAAUGUGAUGGAGAUAUUGAUAUGGUUGUCAUCGGCGCGGGCACAGGAGGCACAAUCACGGGUAUCGGUAGGAAAAUCAAAGAGAGAUGCCCAAAAUGCAAGGUGGUGGGUGUUGAUCCGAAAGGAUCGAUUCUAGCGGUCCCCGACAGUCUCAAUGAUGAAAAGCGACUUCAGUCGUACGAGGUCGAGGGUAUAGGUUAUGAUUUCGUUCCAGGCGUCCUUGACCGGAAAGUUGUUGACGAGUGGGUAAAAGUUGGUGAUGCCGAGAGCUUCACAACGGCCCGGGCGAUUAUCAGGAACGAAGGGUUGUUUGUCGGAGGUUCAUCAGGUGCCAAUGUUUGGGGAGCCCUGCAGGCCGCGCGGCAGCUAAAAAAGGGCCAAAAGUGUGUUGUUCUCCUCCCCGAUUCCAGCAGGAAUUACAUGUCCAAGUUCAUCAGUGACGAAUGGAUGGCCGAGCACGGUUUCGCCCCCGAGGAUGGCGCUAAAGUGAAGGAGCGAGAAAAGCAGUUCGGAGGAGCCCGAAUCCGUGACCUGCUUUCAGAAACGGGAGCGACGAGCGACGUCCCUUUUGUAACUGCAAGACUAUCGGUUGAGGAUGUGAUUAAAAUGAUGCACGAAACGAAAGUUAAGGAGGUGAUUGUCACUGAAGACUCUGAAGCAGACGGGAAAACUAAACUUGUAGGGGUACUAUCGGAAGAUCACAUCGCUCACAGUUUGCAAAGCGGCAGAUGUGCAAUGCAGUCCCCCGUCAAAGACAUCGCCUUCAAGAAACUCGCAAAGGCAUUGCCCUCAGCCUAUCUCCGCGACGUAGCAAAAGCCCUCGAUUUCUCUCCGUACGUUUGUGUGAUGGACGAGAAGCCGUCGACAAAGAAGCAGGCUGGCAUGGGUGAACACGAAAGAGCCAAGAUUAGCUUAAGAAAAGCAGGAAACAGCCGUGAAUGCCCACAUUUCCUGGGUGUCAUCACAAGAAUCGACCUUUUACAUUGGCUAGCCACGAAACAGAAGUAG